AUGGCAGCAUUGCAGAGGCAUCCCACAGACGUGGAGGUUGAGCAGGCCAACGAGAUUGAGAAGGAUCGGCUACUGGCGGAUAUUGCAACCUCGGCCGCCAGAGGGGAAUUCGGAAAGAAGCACGCGAAGAGAGGGGAUGUAGCUCAAGGACGCUUAGAAGACUGCCAAGCGAUGCGGAAGAAUUAUCUGCAUAAACUAGGGCUUAUCGGUGGUGGUGGUAAUAGCAGUAACAGUAGAUCUACUCGUAGUAAGACUAGUAGAGAGGCACCUGGUAACCAACAGGCAACAUAUAUACAACAACAACAAGAACAAUAUUUGAAGAAACUAUCAUAUACUGGUGUAUGGGUACCACAAUCUCAGAAACCUCCACAACAUCAGACAGUUAUAAUAUUUGAUUGGGAUGAUACAUUAUUAUGUACAUCCUAUCUCAAUUUACGUGUUGGUCAACAACAACAAGAUGAUAAUAAUAACAAAAAGCAGCAGCAAGAUACUUCUAAAACCCUGCAGAAACAUUUAUCCAAUAUAUCAGCUACUGAUGCUAAGUUACUAGAGAUGGCUAUGGCACAUGGUGAGACAUUUAUUAUUACAAAUGCUAUGAAGGGAUGGGUAGAAUAUAGUGCUCGUAAAUAUGUACCACAACUAUUACCAACACUUAAAAAAGUAAGGAUUAUAUCAGCUCGUACUGAGCAUGAAAGGCAAUACCCAGGUGACUAUCAUCAAUGGAAGAUAUCAGCAUUUUUAUCGGUUCGACAAGCAUUAAAUUCACAAGUGAUAACUAAUCUAGUAUCAUUGGGUGAUAGUAAUAUAGAGAUGGAUGCUAUUCAUGUGAUGGGAAAUGAGUUCUCACAAGCAUUAAUAAAGACUAUCAAAUUCAGGGAGAAUCCAUCACCAGAUGAAUUGGCCAAACAACUAGAAUUAGUAUAUCAGAAGUUUGAUAAAAUAUUGGUUAAUGCUCGAGGAGGGAAAGUCCUGUUAUNNNNCCGCAAGUUCGUUACCGAUGCUUGGCGGCUUGGGAGGUAG